AUGAAGGACCUCUUCCGAGAAACGGUGUUUGGACGCCUGGUCCACUUUGCAUCUGGAGGCUCGUUCUUCAGUCGCGAUGAAGAGCUUGAUCCAUCGUCCAUCCUGCGAUAUAGCUUUAACAACUCUGAGUCUUCAUCAACGUCAGACAUCAAGGCAACUCAGACCGAGACAGAGAAAGGCAAAGACAAGAGUUUGGUCGAGUGGGCAGAGAAUGAUCCUCAUAAUCCGAGGAACUGGUCCACGCCCAAAAAGGUGUUCGUCACAUGGCAGAUAUGCCUCUUGACGACUUCUGUGUACAUUGGAUCCGCCAUCUACACUGCUGGGAUUCCGGGUAUUCAGGAGCAAUUUCAUGUCAGCGAAGUCAAGGCUCUCCUAGGCUUGACCCUCUUUGUGCUGGGCUAUGCGCUUGGUCCAAUGGUGUGGGCGCCCAUGUCGGAGAUCCCCUACAUUGGCCGUAAUCCCGUCUAUAUCGGAACCUUAUUCGCAUUCGUCCCCCUCCAGCUCGGCGUGAUAUACGCUAAGAACUUUUCGAUGCUUUUGGCAUUCCGGUUCAUCACUGGCCUUGUUGGAAGCCCCGUCCUAGCCACUGGAGGAGCCACUAUUGCAGACUUAUACAAGCCUUCAAAGCAAGUAUACGGGAUCGCAAUUUGGGGUAUCUCAGCGGUACUCGGUCCAGCCAUGGGUCCUCUCGUUGGUGGCUUUGCCGCUGAAAGUAAGGGCUGGCAAUGGCCUCUCUGGGAGCUCAUGUGGCUCUCCGGCUUCUGCUUGGUCUUCCUCGUCUUCUUCCUCCCAGAGACCAGCUCCAGCAAUAUCAUCUACCGCCGCACUGUCCACAUCCGCAAGGCUACCGGCAACACCAACCUCAAAUGCGAGCCAGAGCUCGAAGCCGAAGGCAUGUCCACACAAGAAAUCCUCCUCAUGGUCUUCGUCCGGCCUCUCACCCUCACCCUGAAGGAACCCAUUUGCUUCGCGCUCAACCUCUACAUCGCCCUCGCCUAUGGUAUCCUCUACCUCUGGUUCGAGUCCUUCCCCAUCGUCUUCGGCAAUAUCUACCACUUCCCCCAGGGCCUCGAAGGCCUCGCCUUCCUCGGCAUCCUCAUCGGCGCCAUUGUCGUCUUGGUGCCCUUUUACUACUACAGCUAUAGAUUCGUCGAGCCCCAAUUCAACGCAAAUGGCGAACUCCGGCCCGAGAUCCGUCUGAAGCCCGCUAUGGUCGGCGCGUUCUUCAUCCCCGCCUGCCUGUUCUGGUUCGGCUGGACGUCGCGCGCGUCGAUCCAUUGGAUCGUGCCGAUCAUUGGCACAUCGCUCUUUUCCAUGGGCACGUUCCUACUCUUUAUGGCCGUGCUUGGCUACCUGGGCGAUGCGUACCCGAAGCACGUGGCGUCGGUUUAUGCAUCCAACGAUUUGGUGCGGUCCGGGUUCGGGGCGGCGUUUCCGCUGUUCGCGAAUGCCAUGUAUUCGAAGCUAGGGGUCGCGUGGGCGAGCAGCCUGCUGGGGUUUUUGGCGAUUGCGUUCAUCCCGAUCCCGUUUGUGCUGUACUUCUAUGGGCGGAGGAUUAGGUUGAGUAGUAAGAUGGCGAGGCAUGAUUUGUAG